UCUCAACCGCCUCACGCCUCGUUGUUAGGUUAGGUUAAAAUUAGGGUUAGGUUUAUCAGUCUCUCAAAAAACAAACCCUUAUCCUCUCUUUUAUUCGAUUUCGUAUUUUUUUUGUUUCUCUGGUAUUUUUUUUCAUUAGAUCUGCUUGUGUUUGCUUUGACGGCCAUGGAAAUGGAGCGCGUGACGGAGUUUCCUCUCACCCACCUUGAUCGCCGACCCAGAAAGAGGGCGCGUUUGGGUUGGGACGUCCCUCAGGCUCCGAAGGCUCAGGUAGGAAUGUUUUGUGGACAAGAUGUUGGGAAUUUGGCAAGCUUUGCUUCUUUGAGCGCACCCUCAGACAACAAUACUAGUUCUUGUUCUCUAUUUCCAAAGGGAGUUGCUCGAAAUGGUUCUCCCCCAUGGCGAGAAGAUGACAAAGAUGGACAUUACAUGUUUGGCAUUGGAGAUAAUUUAACUUCACGCUAUAAGAUCCAGGGUAAAAUGGGUGAAGGUACCUUUGGUCAGGUUUUGGAAUGCUGGGACAGAGAGAAAAAGGAAAUGGUUGCCAUAAAAGUUGUACGCGGAAUCAAAAAGUAUCGCGAGGCAGCUAUGAUUGAAAUUGAAGUGCUGCAACAGCUUGGAAAACAUGAUAAAGGCGGCAACCGUUGUGUGCAAAUACGGAACUGGUUUGACUAUCGUAACCAUAUCUGUAUUGUGUUUGAGAAGCUUGGACCAAGCUUAUACGAUUUCUUACGGAAAAACAAUUACCGCUCAUUUCCUAUUGACCUUGUCCGUGAGAUUGGCAGACAACUAUUGGAGUGUGUAGCAUUUAUGCAUGAUUUACGUCUGAUUCAUACCGACUUGAAGCCUGAGAACAUUCUUCUUGUUUCGUCGGAUUAUGUUAAAGUCCCUGAUUACAAGAAUUCAUCUCGGUCGCCAAAAGAUAGUUCCUACUAUAAAAGGGUGCCAAAGUCUAGUGCUGUAAAGGUGAUUGACUUUGGUAGCACAACUUAUGAGCGUCAAGAUCAGAAUUAUAUUGUGUCAACUCGGCAUUAUCGUGCACCUGAAGUCAUCCUUGGACUCGGAUGGAGUUAUCCUUGUGAUGUAUGGAGCGUUGGUUGUAUCUUGGUUGAAUUGUGCACGGGUGAGGCUUUGUUUCAAACUCAUGAGAAUUUGGAGCACCUUGCAAUGAUGGAACGGGUUCUUGGUCCCAUGCCUCAGCAUAUUUUGAAGAGAGUAGAUCGACAUGCUGAGAAGUAUGUUAGAAGGGGCAGAUUAUAUUGGCCAGAGGGUGCAACCUCAAGAGACAGUAUCAAAGCUGUUCAGAAGCUAGCUCGUCUUCAGAAUCUUAUAAUGCAACACGUAGACCAUUCAGCUGGGGAUCUUAUUCAUCUCUUACAGGGACUGCUUAGGUAUGACCCCUCAGAAAGGUUAACGGCCCGUGAUGCCCUUAGGCAUCCCUUCUUUUGUAAGGAUCAUCUUAGGAGAUAAGGACGGCUUGUUGCUAGCGUUGAUUAGCAUUUUGGGGGGCUAACUUUGCCCCAAAAGUGUUAAUGAGAGUGAGAGAGCGCAGUUGUAAAUAGUCGACCCAUUCAUGAAUGAAAUAUAUUGUUGCACUGAAA